GACAGAGUGAAAAGACUAAAGAGUCAAGUAUAGCAUAUACGCAGACAAGAGACUAGUGGUAGAAACCCUAACAACUACUACUGUGUGAAGCGAAGCUGUCUCUAUAAUUGAGUACUGAAGAACCCUUUUAAGCUUUAUCUCCCUCUAUGCUCUACUAUUUCCUUUCACUAUAAAUCUAACCUUUGGGGUUUCUCAUUUCUCAUUGCUAAGUUCAUCACCUUCUCAUUGAUCAAGUAAGUAGCUAGAUACAAGUUCUUGGAUCAAAGUCUUUAGCACCAUGGCUUUGAAAGUUGCUUUGCUCUUCUUGAUUGUCUCUUUGUUUGCGGUUUUCACUUUGGGUGCGGAUAAUGUCGGGACGAAAACUGCCUCGGGUAAGACUACAGUUCCACCAGUUAAGGCACCUGUCCCAGCAGUUCCAGCACCAGUCAAGGUUCCAGCUCCAACACCAGCGAAGGCACCAGCUCCAGCACCAAUUAAGGUUCCAACUCCAGCACCAGUCACGAUUCCAGCUCCAGUACCAGUUAAGGUUCCAUCUCCAGCACCAGUGAAGGCACCAGCUCCAACACCAUUGACAUAUCCUGCAGCUUGCCCGGCAUUAUGUGUUGAUCGAUGCGCAGCUCAGUCGAGGAAAAAUGUGUGCAAGAGAGCUUGUGAAACUUGUUGUGCACGAUGCAAAUGUGUUCCACUUGGUACAUCUGGUAACUACGGAACCUGCGGAAAAUGCUACUUUGAACAGAAGACUCAUGGUGGCCAAGUUAGCAAUUCGGGAUUCGGCAAACGUACGGAACGGCAAACGUACGAGUAUUAUACGGUUUUGUAAAAUCCAGAUUCGGUCCAAAAUUCGGUCAACGGGACGUGAUUCGUCAGUAAUUCGGAACGGCAUACGUACGUGUAUAAUUCGAUUUAUAAAUGUGAGUUCGGCUCUGAAAAUUCGGUAUCUAUAUAUAACAAAUAAUUUGUAUUUAUAAGGUCAUAGACCAAUUUUUAUGCAUAUGUGUGAGUUAUUUAAAGAAAAAAUAAACUUAAUAUGAUGAUAUUAAUAAUA